CAAAUCUCAUCUGAAAAAAAUCUAACAGUGCAGGCACAUGGCGGAGAUAUUACGGACACAUUGCGAUAAAAAUAGGAAUUGACUUGUGGUGAGGGGCGACGUGAUUUAUUGCAAUUGGCAGUGUCUGGUGGGAAACAGUCCGGUAGUCAGCAUUGGUGGUGCUGUUUCUGAUAUACAAAGCAACAAGCCUCUCCAGUUGUAGAUUCCAUUCACCUCCCCAGAUUCUUCUUGUAUUUUUUCCUAAUUCCACCGCUUCAUCGUCCACCUCCGUAUUGCAUACUCUUUGAUCAGACAUGGCCGACACCGCCUUCUCAUUGCUCACCGACGAUCUUGUUCUCAACAUUUUUCUUAAGCUCGACGACGAUCCCCGCCAUUGGGCUCGUCUCGCCUGCGUCUGCACCAAAUUCUCCUCUCUCAUACGCAAUUUCUGCUGGAAAAACAAGUGCUCCCAGAACAUCCCUUCCGUUGUAUCCGAUCUCCUCUCUGAUUCCUCCUCUCCGCCCGGCGGUUGGGCUUCCUUGCAUAAGCUCGCCGUGUGCUGUCCAGGCCUCCUUCACGCCGGGGUCCUCCUAGAGAGCUCCGAUUUCGGGCUUGAGCUUGAGCUCGGCCCGGAGGAGAAUUAUCAGAAGUUGUGCUCACCGAAAACGACGGGAACACACCCUGAGAUUUGCUCGGGUCGGUUGGAUAAUAACUCAGAUGUGGGUGCUUCCCAGUCCGAUUGUUGUUGGUCCCUUUUCGAUGAUCUAUAUUUUGAUACUGUCUACGAUACUUCUGAAUCCCAGCACAAUUCUGAACCUCAAAUCCAUGAAGAGGUUGAGAAAGGCGUCGUCAAAGUCGGUGGCGAAUUCUCUUCGUGUAAGAAGAGGAAGGUUCUUGGAUCACCGAGGUCGCAUUUGGCUUCUAGAAUCUGGAAUCUGAGCAGAGAGGAGGGGAACAAGCUGCUUGCCAGACAAUUUCGGGAUGACUGUCUGUACAUUUGCGAUUGGCCUGGCUGUGUGCACGUGGAGGAGAAGAGGAACUACAUGCUCUUCAGAGGCAUUUUCAAGAACUUUAAGCGGUCCCGUGUGUGGCGAACUAUCAACGAUGGCAAUCGGAGGAAGAUUGAUAUGCACUGCGCGUUUUGCCUGUGUAAGGAAACUUGGGAUUUGCACUCUGCAUUCUGUUUAAGGCGAAUUUUCGGGUACCACGACGAUGGCGAACCAGUUGUUCGAGCCUAUGUUUGUGAAAAUGGUCAUGUCUCCGGGGCGUGGACGGAUUUGCCGUUGUACACUUAAUCCAGAUAUUAGGUUUUAUGUGAACUUGCUCGUUAGUCCUUCCAGAUUAUGUGAGAAUCCAUUCUGCUUGGCUGUGUUACUACUUUUCCUGCAGUUAUCAUGCAUUGUUUUCUCUACUGAAGCUCAGGCUUUCCGAUGUGUUGUUUUUAUGGGGCUUGUGUUGAGUUCCAUGAGAGGACACCCGACUAUGGCAAUUAUUUAUCAUCAUGAAAACAUAACUGAAACUGUAUUCACCUUCCUGGAAUUCGAUUUUCUUAUGGCGGCA